UGCACCUUCUCUUGAACAGCUCUUGUUUCCAGUGUAGAGGCCCAGUAGUAUCAGCAGCUUCUUGAAGGAUAAGCUCAUCAACAUGCUCUCAGCUCCAGACUUGAUGGAUCACACAUUGCUUCUCGGGGUCGAGCAACUGAAGGCAUGUUGAGAUAAGCUAUAAGAGCUAUAAGAACAACUCAGUUCUGCUCUCAUCUUGCUGCCCCUUCUGUUCAAACCACAAUGGGCCUUAGUAUCUUCGACCUAGGAGAAGACAUCUUUGUCAACCACAUCUUGCCCAAGCUAGAGAGGGAGGAUGUGAAUCGUCUUUUGCUGUUGAACCACCCACACCUCAAUGCCCUUCUUUCCUCCAACCUAGCCUCCAAGUAUCUCUACUUGAUCAGCUUCAACGACAAACCAAUCGAAAGAACCCACACCAACUGGAUCAAUCUAUACAAGGCCAGAGAACAGGCCAAGUUCUACGACUGGGGAUCCAACAAUGGUUUGCGUUUGGGCUACUCCAUCUCCAGUGCUCCAGAGGCUAAUACCCACAGACGAUUCUUCAAGAAAGAGGUCGUCAAACCAACAUAUCUAAGAUGCUUCCACAAAUCGCCAAUAAGACAAAUCUCCUCCAAUGGCUUCAGCUUCCAGAUUCUACUUGCAAAUGGUGAUUUGUAUGUUACUGGUUCCAGCUGGAACAACCACUCUUCCUCGCCUCCUGGCCCCAGAGACUCAGAGGACCACUUCCCUUCAAACAUCAUCAACAGAAACCUCCAUAUCAAAUUCAAUUCCUUUGUGAAUCGAAGAAGCUUCAGUGAUUUCCCCAGAGUCAUACCAGUGCCUGGUGUUUUUGGAUUAGGAGGCUUUCGAAGACCAAACAUACGAUUUGAUCAUCAGCUAGGUGCUGCUCAACCCUCUGAUGCUCCUCACUUUCCUACUCUAGAGCACGAAAUAGUGACAAAAAAAGAACUAGAAAACCUUGAAGACGACGAGAUCUUUGUUGUCAGCGAUGACGAAGAUAACUCGACUGUAGAACCAAGAUUUAUCAAUAAAAUGAAAAUCCCUAGAAACAGAUUAAACAGUCAUAUCAAAUUCGUUCAAGUCAGUGGUGGUCAUUUCCAUUUUAUUGCUUUAGAUAACGAGAAUAAUAUUUGGUCCUGGGAUAUAGACAAUAUAGACAAUCAACACAUUGGUAUUAAACUAAAUUUCAUUGAUGAAAAUGGUGUCAAUAUUUUAGAUAAUAAUAAUCCAGACACUAAAAAAAAUUAUAUCAAAUCAAUCAAAGCUGGCUGGAAUUUAAGUGCCUGUUAUAUCGCAAACAUUGGAUUAGCCAUCUGGAAUAAAAGAGAAGGUUUGAAAACUGAUAAAUGGGACAUCAAUACAAGUGUCAAAACAAACUUCAUGAUUAUUCCAAACACUCUUAAUAUCAUUGACUACGCAUUUGGUGAAGGCUUCUUAAUCUAUAUCAACUCCAAGGGCAAACUAUACAGAUUGAAUUUAGAAUGGCCAUCAGAUGGCGAAUUUAUCAAUGAAAAUGUUGCCUAUGAACUAACUCCAUUCAACGAUAUAAUAAAAUCAAAAAAAUCAAAAUAUGUUAGAGUAUUUGGCAAUUUUCUAAGAUUUGGUGCAAUCACUGAUUCCGAUAAUGUCUAUCUUAGUGAUAAAUUGAGAAUGAGCUUAGAUUCUUUGAUGGAUUAUAACAGUAAAAGUUCGUACAAUGAAUUUAGAUUUUACUAUGAUGACUAUGAUGACUAUGACAGUGAUGAUGAUGAUGAUGAUAAAAAUAAUGAAAAUGAUGAAGACAAGAGCUUUAAAAACUCAAGCAAUUCGUUAAUUAGGAAAUUUGUUGAUAUCAUACCUGAACUUCAAAAAAAGGGCUGCCACUCAAUUGCAUCUGGUGAUCAUCAUAACUUAGCAUUGUUCGAUAAUGGUGAUCUAGUCAGUUGGGGAAAAGAGCUUGAAAGCUGUGGUUGUUUAGGGUUGGGAUCACAUCUUGAAAUCAAGAAAAAAGCUGAGGAUAUAAUCAGAGCAAAGAAUAAAAAUAAAAUAGCUACUGCACCCGAUCAAACACAAAUAAAAGAUUCUGAGUUGAAUAGAUAUUUUGAGCUUGAAACUAGAUCAAUAGUGGUGAAGAGACCCAUGAAAAUUGACUUAGAAGAAGGCUAUAGGGUAUUGGCCAUUACAUCGUCUGGAUGGCACUCUGGUGCUCUCAUUGCUAAAAUUGGUAGCUAGUGAAGUGAGUGACAUAACACUGUUUACAAUUUAUAAAUUAUUAUUUCCAUCCAUUAACAAAAUAUUGUGGUGAUACAAUCUCUUUACAAACACAAUAAUAACAAUUAUAUAAGUAUAUUCAUUGAAUCAAAUUAUUCCAACUCAAAUAAAAUUCUGACCGCUUUCUUUCUUUGCCUAGAUAAUGAAUCAGUUAACAUAUCGCUAUCUAUUUUAAAUAAUAUCAGCUCAAAUACUUCAACCACUUCUUGACAGCUGUUUCUGAUUCUGAUGGCAUUACCGUUGAAACAGUCAUUAAUUAUAUAAUCUAAAUACAAUCUCAAAAACGAAAUUAAAUAAACAAACGUAUUCGAUCUAAUACCAGGAACAAUC